AUGCACAAACAAACCUUUCGCUUCAGUCACGACUCAACCACAACUGCGCAACAACAACAACAACGUGGCAACGCCAUGUCACACCACGGCCACAACCACAACACGACGCCCAACGCCAAGAAGAUGACCGCCCACAAACGAAGACCAGCCAAAACGGACCACCACCAUCCCAAAUGGCUCAUGAACGACGGACAGCACACACAGGCGGCGACGAACGACAAUGACGAACAACGGACAACCCCGAGGACCUGGCACGUCAACGGACGUGCCACGUCGUCUAGACGGGGUCACAUCGCCGUUGGCAACAAACACGAAGACGGUGACGAUGCAUCCACAUCAAUCAUGCCAAUCCCAACCACCAUCAUCCACCAUGGCUUACGAGCGAUGGUCAACCACCCACGAACGGACAAAGGCGACAAGGAGCCCAGGACACCACGGACAAUGAAGGAACCCAAUGUCGCGAUGAGAACGACAGAAGACAAGGACACGGGACAACAACACUACGAAAACACGGUGAAUACCCCCCGUCCCACGUUCAUCCCUACCCACCUCGCUGAGACACAGGACGACGACGGACCGGCCACAUGGGAUGACGAUGACGUAACGAGGAGGACACAGGACAAUGACGCGACGAGAACACAACCCAAUGACGCGACGAGGGCACAGGACGAUGAAGACAAUAACAACAUGACCAGGACAAGGGCCAACGAGGGACCAGGGCACAACAUGACGCAGAGGGGCCGACGACGUGACAACAACAGCAACGACGACGACGUGAUGCCAAUGUGGUACGACAACGGACAAGGGACCAGCACCACUACCCUGGAUGGCCAUUUUGCUAACCUAUCUAAUGGCCCUAUUGAUCUGUCAAAGACGGAUCCAAUGUGCACCCCUACCUGA